AUGGAUCAAAGUAGAGAAAAAUUACCUAAGGCCAUGGACCUUCCAAUCCAAAAUUAUAUGACACCUUUCACGUGCCAUAUCUGCAACAAGUCAUUUAAGGGGUUGGAAGACCUUGUGAAACAUAUAGGUGCAAACGUUUGAAAACUUACGGAGACUGAGUCAACCUUUUCCCUCCCUGAAAAUAGCAUGGAUAACUUGAAUAUCCAUGAAGCCAGCAAUUACAAAUACAGUUGCUCCUACUGUAGCAGAACCUUUGACAAUGAAAAAGGAUUGAAAUUACAUUCAGGAAAGAAGCAUCCUCAACAGGAAAAAAGCGAACUCUGCCCUAGGUGCGGCAACAAAUUUGUUCAUAAAUAUGCCUUAGAUUUUCAUAUUAAACAAGUACAUGAAAAGUCAACUAGAGUUGUGUGUACAAAAUGCAAAAAGUCAUUCUACAACAAAUAUGUACUUCAGCGUCAUUUUCAGAAGUGCAACCCCUUCCAUUCAUUAAUAUAG